UCCAAGCUUUGUGUGCAUAUUUCCAUUCUCCGCCAGGACUGUUUUCCAAGUUCAGAUCCCUCCCUUUCCAACGCUCCCUGCUCAAGGCCCCCACGCACCCUGGGGGACUUCUCAUGGCUCCAACACCACCCGGGGAACGUCACCACCACCACCGCAAUCGGAUCGGUUUGGGCUGGCUGUGCAGACCCUGGGUCCUCCACAUUCGGCUUCCCGGCCAGCUGGGUCCCACGGCAAAGGAGGGCUCCAGGAUCAUCUUGUCGCCUGAGAAACUAGCCCAGCAAGAAAAGUGUCUCCCACGCAUGAAAACAAGAGCAUGACGACCCUCCGCCGCCAGCUGUCUCCCAGCAAGGAGGUAGCAGGCCGUUCCCCUUCCGCUGGGGUGCCGUCUGCUGUGCCUCUCAGGGGCUAGGCAGCAGAGGCUGGAUCAUGUCUGCCUUUCGUCUGAGGCACCUUUUGGAGGGCGUCUGGCUGCUCAGCCCAUCAUGCCUGGCCUGUUUCUGACCUGGGAUAGAUAGGGCUCCCCUUGAUCUAACGCUGUAACUGCUCCCUGUUGUAUGUUUGUGCACAGCAAGUCUGGGUCCAGCAUUCCCCACCGCUUGCCCAGUGGCAGUAGAUGAGAGAGAACUUGCUGUAACCCAAAAUCUGAGAGGUGGACUUGCCCCUCGGCCGCCAUGAGUCAAAGCACCAGCUCUCGCCUGGCAGACUCACCUCAGCUCUCCAGGGCCAGCCUCCUCAACAUCCUCGGCAGCCCCCAGCCCGAGACGAUGAGCCUGCCGGACUCCAUGCCCCCCACCCCGAAGAGCGGCACGCCCUCGCCGGGGCCGCCCCAGCUCCCCCUGCUGGGCGCCGUGUGUCUGGACGGGGACUGGGAGAGCCGGGAGGAGCUCCGGCUGCGGGAGCUGGAGGAGGCCCGGGCCCGGGCGGCCCAGAUGGAGAAGACCAUGCGCUGGUGGUCGGACUGCACCGCCAACUGGCGGGAGAAGUGGAGCAAGGUGCGGGCGGAGCGCAACAAAGCCCGGGAGGAGGUGCGCCAGCUGCGGCAGAAGCUGGAGACCCUGACCAAGGAGCUGACCAGCCUCAAGCGGGAGCGGCAGGAGGUGCUGAACGAGAACGAGCAGCUCGGCAAGGAGGUGGCGCGGCUGAAAGGGGAGAGCGAGGAGGAGCAGGAGAAGGAGCUGGACAACAGGGUGGCCUCGGAGAAGGAGAACGAGGGCUCCCAGGAGCAGGAACCCGUGCGGGAUGUGGGCUCCGAUAAGCUGAGUAAAAAUAAGGAGCUGGACGUGCUGCCAGGACCGGCAGGAAGCCUGCCUCUGCACCCCGGCUGUGCCGCUGACCGGGAGCUGCCAGAGGAGUUUGAGCUGAUGGAAAACAUCCUGAAGAGCAAACAAGAAGGGCCCGAGUGCUGGGACCAGCGGAGCUCAGUCAGCGUCCGGACGUCCUUCACUCGCCCGGAGAGGAACCGGCUGCUCUGGGAGGACAUGAGCGUCAUCGAGGAAGAUGCCACCAAAGUGACUGCACUGAAGCUGAGGCUGGAUGAGUCCCAGAAAGUGUUGCUCAAGGAGCGGGAGGACAAGCUGUCGCUCAGCAAGAGCAUCGAGAAGCUGGAGGGCGAGCUCAGCCAGUGGAAGAUCAAGUACGAGGAGCUAAACAAAAACAAGCAGGAAGUGCUGAAGCAGCUGAACAUCCUGAAGGAGCUCCACCAGGAUGAACUAGGGCGGAUUUCGGAGGAUCUGGAGGACGAGCUGGGGGCUCGCUCAAGCAUGGACAAGAAGCUGGCAGAGCUGCGCACGGAGAUGGAGCGGCUGCAAGCGGAGAACGCGGCGGAGUGGGGGAAGCGCGAGCGCCUGGAGACAGAGAAGCUGAACCUGGAGCGGGAAAACAAGAAGCUGCGGGCUCAGAUUGAGGACCUGGAGGAGGUGCUGGCCCGGAAGCGCCGGCAGACGGCCAGCGCGCUGGACACGGACCUCAAAACCAUCCAGGCCGAGCUCUUUGAGAAGAACAAGGAGCUGGCCGACCUGAAGCACGUCCACGGCAAGCUGAAGAAGCAGUACCAGGAGAAGACGGCCGAGCUGGCGCACGCCAACCGCCGGGUGGAGCAGCACGAGGCGGAGGUGAAGAAGCUGCGUCUGCGGGUGGAGGAGCUGAAGAAGGAGUUGGCCCAGGCGGAGGAUGAGCUUGAUGAAGCCCAUAACCAGGCACGGAAACUGCAGAGGUCCCUGGAUGAGCAGACAGAACAAAGCGAGAACCUCCAAGUGCAACUGGAGCACCUGCAGUCCAGGUUACGAAGGCAGCAGAAUGCCCCGCUCUUUGGGAAGAUCCGGAGCUCCCGGUUUGGCCCCGACGACCCUGACGACGGGACUAGUGACCUGGAUGAAGAUGAAGAUCUACAGAUCCAGGUUCCUUAGUGCCUGGUGCGCAGGGCCAAUGAGACGGUGGCUGGAGGAGAGAGAAGGAGGCGGCAGGCUGGACGCUUGGGGAGGAUAAUACCUGCAGGAGCCUGGUCCCGUUCACCGGCCUCGCCAUCGGCAGCCAGACCUGCCAAGAGCCAGCAGAGGACGUGUGCGGAUACAGCCUCUGGCCCUGCUGGCCUGUGUCACCACCAGUCAUGGGGGGAGAGGGGGUCCUGGAGAGAAACCCCGUGGCCAAGUGCCCGUCCCAGGGGGCAGGAUCGGUUCUACCCCAGUGGGUUUUGUAGACACAGGGAGAGAAAGCGCCAAAGGGUGGGUUGAAGAGAAAUCCCCAGGUGGCUGUAACCAUGAGAGGAGUAGGGAGGGGCCAGGUGGCAGAGCAUGAAUGGCCGCCCUGGGUAGAACAAUGGCAUCGGUGCCGAUACUGUAUAAAUGAUGCCAGCAGCUGAGGUGUAGUGGAGGCCCCUGCAGUGGCUGAGUCUGGGCAUUGCAUGGUACGCAGUGCAGUCUCUACCCCUUCAGCCCCUGCCCGGAGUGCCCUCUGCAGUUCCAGCCUCCUGCACAUGCCCUGCCCAGUCCCUCCCUCCCCAGCUCGCUCCUGGCACAUGGCUUUCACCUGACAGGCCCCAUCUCUGACGCCACCAGCCCCGGCCUCGGUUCCAGCCUAACCUGGGAACCAUUUGCAUCUCAGCAUCACACGCGAAUGAACUGAGCCUCGAAACCAAUGACCUCCCUUUUACUGAUGGGGAAACUGAGGCACAGAGCAGAGCAGUGACUUGCCCAGGAUCAUGGCCCUCCAAGGCCUGCACCUCGGGCACUAGGCCCUGCCUCCUCCCCAUGAGCCCUGUCCACCCACAGCCGCUCUCCCUCACUCCCGUUUGAACACAUGCACCUCACAGCAUAAACGGACAUUGCAACGAUACACCGGAGAGCGUCCAAGGCAGAAAGCAGGCGGCGCUAACCCGGAUGAGCCCGGCCCCUGGAGCACUGACAGCUGGAGCCAAAUACACCGGAGCAAACCCUUCUAUUUUAUAUACGGAUUUUAUAUAUAUGUAUGUAUUUGUAUAUGGUUUAUAUUAUAAAUAGAGCUAUGGGCCCAGGUGA